AUGCUUCCCAAAACAGAAAAAUUGUCUGACCCCAAGAACUACAGACCAAUCACGUGUCUUCCAUCAACGUACAAGAUUUUAACAUCUACAAUAGGUUUCAAAAUAGUAACGCACUUAAAGAACAACAAACUACUAGCCUGGGAACAGAAUGGCUGCAACAAGAACGGCAGAGGAGCUAAGGAACUCCUUGUUAUAGACAAUUCGAUCACGAAACAGGCAAAGAAAAGGUUGAGAAACCUAUCUAUGGCUUGGAUAGACUAUCGCAAGUCUCCCGUCCCUCACUCCUGGCUGUUCCAAGUGCUUCAGAUAUAUAAAAUCAACCCUCAAGCAAUCCAACUACUGAAACACCUUAUGACCACGUGGCGCACAAAGCUGACAGUUAAACACGAAACCGUGUCCUACCAAACUGGUAAGAUCAGGAUAGCAAGAGGAAUUUUUCAGGGUGACAGGUUUAGUCCCUCAUGGUUCUGUGCAGCCAUGAACCCCAUCAGUAGUAUGCUCAACAGAUCAGCAUACGGUUACGCCAUUGAUAGUAACACUAUCCUCCCACAUUUGUUCAACGUGGACGACUUAAAGCUCUUCGCCAUAGGACGAAAACAGUCCGAGGGAGAACUGGAACUGGUAAGGAAGUUCAGCGGCGAUAUCGGUAUGUCGUUGGGUUUGGAAAAAUGUGCAGUUGUGGAAGUCAAGAGAGGAAAGAUGGUUAGACAACAAAACAUCCAACUGAGAGAUGGUCGGGAAAUAAGAAGCUUAGGAGUUGAGGACAGCUACAAAUACUUGGGCAUCCAACAAACUCAUGAAAUACGUCAGCAAGAAAAUAAACGAGAAGCCGAAAGUGAACUCUUCAGAAGAACGCGAAAAGCACUUGGGACACAGCUGUCAGGAAAGAACAUUAUAACGGCAAUCAACAUGUGGGCCGUACCAGCGUUCACUUGUACCGCUGGUGCGCUGUCAUGGUCAAAAACAAAUUUACAAAGAAUUGACCAAAAGAUUAGAACAACACUCACCAAACAUGGCUUGCUACACCCUAAUUCAGCAGUGGAAAGAAUAUACUUACCCCGAAGAACGGGCGGACGUGCAUUAAGCAGUCUGGAAGAUACCUGCCAGAGAGAAGAGAAGAACAUUAUAGACUACUUUCGCAAGAGGAAUAACCCGGUACACCAAUGGGUGACCACUUACCAGCAAACAUCGAAUAGAGCAGGAACAUCGCCACCGGUAGAACCUGAAAUGGAAAAUAGGUUAGAGAGGCUCAAACAGAGCUGGCAGUCUAAAUCACUCCAUGGCAGCUUCUAUGCAAGCCUGCAACAGCAAGAAGUGGACAGAACAAAAUCGCAUACUUACCUCAUGCAAGGCUAUUUAUACCCACAAACUGAAGGAACAUUAAUGGUUAUUCAAGACCAGGUGGUGCCAACUAGAAUAUACGCGAAACACAUCAUGAAAUUGCAGGUAGAAACAACUGAAUGCCGCCUCUGCAACAUUGCGCACGAAACAAUUCAGCAUCUCUCUUCAGGAUGCUCACAAAUAGCUGGUACGAAAUACCUGGCCCGGCAUAACGAUAUGGGAAAGGUAGUGCACCAACUUAUAUGCCUCCGAGAAGAACUACUACCGCACUUCACCCCUCACCACAUGUAUAGCCCACAGGCGGUACUAGAGAAUAACCAAACGAAGAUCUACUGGGAUCUGACCGUGGUGACUGACAGGGGAGCGGAACACAACAGGCCGGACAUGGUGGUGUGGAAUAAGACCAAGACAACCGCACAUAUCAUCGAUUUUUCGGUGCCUCUGGAUAACAACUUGUCAAAGGUAUAUGGGGAGAAGAUCACAAAAUAUAACGUCCUCGCCCGUCCGAUCAGAGACAUGUGGAAGUUGAAGUCGGUCGCAAUACUUCCCUUGAUCAUAAGCGCCAAUGGUUUUAUUUGUUCACAUAUUGCUUUAUAUAUUGUUUGUACUGUAGAAACUUUUUUUCAUAGUGAAUAA